AUGGGACGCAGCGCAAAAUUACAUAAAAGAUCGCAAAAGAAAAGCUCCACUGGCUCAGCCUCUGGGCCCCGGGCGCCUUCUACUAAACAAGCAGCUAUCGCUGUUUCCGUACAAGGCCAGAAAAAGAGGUCUGUCGCGAAGGUUAAGGUGUUCAAGAAUAGGGGGAGGGAUGCGGAAGGGCCGGUGCUUGGGGGAGCGGAUUAUGUUGACUUGAUGUUGGGAUCGCGGCGGAAGGCUAGGGAGGAGGCUGGGAAGUUGCGGGAGGAAUGA